GGCGUUUUGUCCGAGUGCGUACAAAUAUCCAUCCGAUUCGCGGUUGGGGUAUGGUCACUCCGGAUGAUGUGGGCCUCUGUGUGCUGCUCAAGGCGCGGCUUGCCUUUUGUGUCUUCGCGGAGCAGCAGACGUGGCGGGCAUUCGUUGAUGAAUUGGAAGUAGUGGAGGUCCCUCAACUGAUUUUUCUGCGUGAUCGGACGCGCCCGUCAAUUCGCCGUGGGGCUACUGCCGGAGUGAUAUCAUGCACACCGCAGCCGCAAGCAGAAAAGGAUCCUGCUCUCUUAUGUGUAGAAGUAAAUUGUGCGCGAUCGCUUUUAUUUGUCUGAUUUUGAUUGGUACCUAUGUCGACAUGCAUAUGUGAGAACUUCCCAUGGCACCUGUCAUGGAUUAGUACUGUCCGUUUUCUUUUUUGCGUUUUAUCAAACAUACAUGAUUUUCAUCAAAUUGAGACGAAUCCCAUCUUCUCUUCAAUCUUCGGGGCUGAGAAGCCACGGUUCGAGAUGCAAGUAAUGGUGUUCCAGACCGAGGAGAAUCAAGACGGCAACGUAAUGAAUGUGACAGAUUUGGAUGAGGGAACCCUGUGGGCACGGGUUGUGAAGCCGCGACGCUCGUCCAUUGUCUAUGACCCUUUGGAACUAGCCACUCGG